GACGUCUUACAAAUCGUUUUGAUCUGUUUUUUGGUUGGAAAUCAGGCGGCGGGAAAACAAUAUCCAAAAAGAAAAGAAAAACAACGUUAUCUUAGGUGCAAUAAAAUCGAAUUUUUGAGUAGCGUCGGUAAAACCAAUGAAACAAAUAAAAAAUUGAGUAAUAAAAAAAUAAUCAAGAAAUAUUAAAAAUCUAAAUUUUCGAAAAAUUAAAUGUGAUGUCACUGUGAGAUAAAAAUAGUUAAAUAAAUGAUAUCAAAACAACAGCAACCGCAACAGCAAAACAUGGCCAUACUUGAUGAGGAAAUAAAUUUCGCCCAAAAUAAAAUGGAAGAAUUGCCGACAAAUUUAAGUUUAGAUAAAACCCAUAAUUGUGAUAAACGUCUGCCAGAGAUGGAGGAGGAGGUGGGAGGGCCAUUGAAUUCCCCCUCGAGUGUAGGUGACAAAUUGGAAAAUCCACAAAAUAAUGAUUCAAAAGCUCCCUCAAACAGUGAUCAUCAAGUGAAAGAGACGACAAGUGAAACGCGAAUUCAUUUAAGUUUUAGUGUCGAUCGUUUGUUGAAUAAUAAAACGCCACAAGUGCCAGAAAAACAUCAGCAACAUCAUCGAAAAACGGAAAAUGAUAACUGCUGUUCGGACAUGAAUAAUGGUGGUGGUGGUUACUCCUGCUGUACCCUACCCAAUUGUUUGGUGGGAACUGGCGCUAAUCACCCGACAUUGUCAUUUCCUGGCCAUGCUCAUAACGAAGAGGAAUCGGCGACAAUGGGACAAACCUCAAAUUUAAUGGAUUUUAAAUCAAUUGUCAGACCCACACCCAUGAGGGCAGCAAUGGGAAAUAAUGGCACGGGAUGCGGCCCUGAACAAGUUCCAGUUAAUCCCAUGGCCCAAUAUAACGCUACCCUGCUGCGGCUACAUCAGGCUCACAUACAACAGAAAUCAAUGGCACCGCAUCCUCAUUUACCUGCCCAACCCAAUUUCACCCUGGCCUCAUUGAUGAAUCCAAUGUGUAGCAUCAAAACCGUCUCGGCGAAUCCCCAUCCGGUGGGUCUGGGAAACUUUUCUCUCUCAUCAGUGACACCAAAUUCCCGCUAUACCACAAAGGGGGCGAUAAGUUUUGAUCUUCCUGGUAUUCGACCAAAUAUGAAUUGUAUUUCGAAUCUAAGACAUCAUCCGAUGACAUCGAAUGAGGGUCAUCUACAUUUUCCAGCGGGAAAUGUCAAUUCUUCGACGGGAAAUGGUGGUUCUGGAGGCAGUGGCCAAGUUGGGAACAAUGGCAGCAGCAGCUCACACACCCCCUCCACAUCGCUCAGCAGUAAUGGGAAAAGAAAGCGUUCAUGGUCGCGUGCUGUUUUCAGUAAUCUCCAACGCAAGGGUCUUGAGAUACAGUUUCAACAGCAAAAAUACAUUACGAAACCGGAUAGGCGUAAGCUGGCGGCAAGGCUGAACUUGACCGAUGCUCAGGUCAAGGUCUGGUUCCAAAAUCGCCGCAUGAAAUGGCGCCACACCCGUGAAAAUCUCAAAAGUGGUCAUGAGAAACAGCCCCAACAAACGUCUGCAGACAAUAAUCCCUCCUCGAAUUCCACAAAAAUGAACAUGGAAGCCUCCUCCUCUCUAACGCCGGGCGGCUAUUCUUCAGAUUGUUCUUCAAGUUUAGAAUUGAGUGAUGCCGAUGAUGAUGAGGAUGAAAUUGAUGUGGUAGAAUAAUUCAACGACCCCCGAAGAUGGAUGCGAAUAGCUUUAAUAAAUUAUUUAUUUUUAUUUCAAAUAUAAUUUCUAAGAGUAUU